UCACCCACCAAACAAACCCCCCAAACAAUUUUUUUUCUUUCCCUCUUUCCUUCGUAGUCUCGUCUCCACAUCUUUUUCCCCAUCGAUCCAUCGAUCGGAGCCGAGUUUCUCUAGACUUUGUGUUUAGCUGAGAAGAAGAGAAGAUGUUAGGGAUUGCAAGGCAAAGAAUCGCCCUUAGAGCCAUUAAUGCUUCGAUUGUGGAGCAGUCGUUGCUGGGGAUUCGAACUCAAACCCUACUUCAUGCCUCUAGGAGUUUCUCGUCUACUGCAAAAGAGAUGACAGUGCGAGAUGCUUUGAAUUCUGCACUUGAUGAAGAGAUGUCUGCAGAUCCUAGAGUAUUUUUGAUGGGUGAAGAGGUUGGUGAAUACCAGGGUGCAUACAAGAUUUCCAAAGGUCUUUUGGAGAAGUAUGGUCCUGAGAGGGUUGUUGAUACUCCAAUUACAGAGGCUGGCUUUGCGGGGAUUGGAGUUGGUGCUGCUUACCAUGGUCUGAAGCCUGUCAUAGAAUUUAUGACGUUUAACUUCUCAAUGCAGGCAAUUGACCACAUUAUUAAUUCUGCUGCGAAGUCAAACUACAUGUCUGCUGGUCAGAUGCCUGUAUCUAUUGUUUUCAGAGGACCAAAUGGUGCUGCUGCUGGAGUUGGUGCUCAGCAUUCCCAGUGUUAUGCAGCAUGGUUUGGUUCUUGUCCAGGAUUGAAGGUGUUGACUCCAUACUCAUCAGAAGAUGCUCGAGGCCUGCUAAAAGCUGCUAUAAGGGACCCAGAUCCUGUUGUUUUCCUUGAAAAUGAGUUGCUAUAUGGCGAGUCUUUCCCUGUUUCAGCAGAAGUUCUCGAUUCCAGCUUCUGUCUUCCAAUUGGGAAAGCUAAGAUAGAACGUGAAGGAAAAGAUGUUACUAUUACCGCUUUCUCGAGGAUGGUUGGUUAUGUUCUCAAGGCUGCUGAAAUUCUUGCAAAGGAAGGAAUUAGUGCCGAGGUUAUAAAUCUGCGCUCUAUUCGUCCACUUGAUAGAUCCACAAUCAAUGCUUCUGUCAGGAAAACCAACCGACUUGUAACUGUUGAUGAAGGAUUCCCUCAACAUGGUGUUGGCGCUGAGAUUUGUGCAUCUGUUGUGGAGGAUAGUUUUGAGUAUCUUGAUGCACCUGUUGAGAGGAUUGCAGGAGCAGAUGUUCCCAUGCCUUAUGCUGCAAAUCUUGAGAGGAUGGCCGUCCCACAGAUUGAAGAUAUUGUACGUGCAGCAAAGAGAGCCUGCUACAGAAAAGUUCCAAUGGCUGCAACUGCGUAGAUUUCCCUUAAUCAUCUUGUUUUUCUCCCAAUAAUUUUGCUUUUGUCCAAGUUAUUCUUUGUCCACCUUUUGAGGUGUACCCCCUGAUAAGGGUUGGGUCGGCACAUCAAGUUUCAUUGACAAACAUUUAAAUAAACUUUUGUUCAGAAAACUUAGGGGUUUUAGCUUUUCUUGUCUCCAUUUUGGUAAUUUACCACGAUGUGUUAUGGAAAGUGCAGUGUUUAUUGUCCUUAUUGCUUGAACUUGAAAAGUGUAUUGUAAUUUGAUAUUUGAAUGGUGCACGUGGUAGGUCGUCUGAUGGACCGACCUAAGUAAUGUGUAAGAGACAGACUUAGAUCUCUAAGAAAUGUGUAUACAAGCCAUAAUAAGGUUUUGGUUUGUAUUGAGAUUUA